UUUCUCGGAGCCACCCCUCUCUUCGAGCGGGCGCGGCGAAUGGUGGGUCCCGAGGCCGCAGCUUCCGCCGGCGCCGGAGGCUGGGCUCACCGCCGCCCCAGGUCGUGGUCUCGUUGUUGCUCCCGAGGCUUCAGCAUUCAAGAUGAACUUACUUCAGAUUGUACGUGACCACUGGGUACAUAUACUUGUCCCUGUGGGAUUUGUCGUUGGAUGUUACCUAGACAGAAGGAAUGAUGAAAAGCUUAUUGCCUUCCGGAACAAGAGUCUGUUAUACAAAAGGGAAUUAAGACCCAGUGAAGAAGUCACCUGGAAGUAAAGGCUGCUGCUGAAUUACAGAAUGUUCACAGUUUUUAAAUUAUAAGAGAAAUAAAAACACAUUCAUUACUUAAUUUG